GCGGCGCUCGAUUGGCCGUCGGGGGGAAGAGGUGCGCAAGAUGGCGGCGCUGGGCUCUCCGCUGCGGACCUUGCGCGGGCUCCUGCGCGAACUCCGCCACGCCAGCGGGAGGGCGGGCCGCCCCUAUCGCGACACUCCCGCCUAUCAGCAUAUAGUCGCGGCCUUCCGCGCCAACCGGGUGACCAGUGAGAAGCUGUGCCGGGCCCAGCAGGAGCUGCACUUCCAGGCUGCCACCUAUCUCUGUCUGCUCCGCAGCGUCCGGGAGCACGAGGCCCUCCACCAGGAGUACCACGGCCGGGGAGAGCGCUCGCCUGAGGAGGUCGCCGGCCUGGUGGGCUUCAGGUUGCCUCAGCAGCCGGGAGGGAAAGGCUGAGGUGAUUCUGUCGAGUUACCUGUUUGUUCCCGAAUAAAGGUCCUAUCAUCAUAGAAACUG